UCAUCGGAGUGUGUUGUCAUCAUGUCGGCGGACAUGGCGCACGAGCCGCCGGACUUUAAGGACAUGGGCGAAGAGGCGUUGUGGAAUCUGAUUAACGACAACAGACACGCGCUCUGUCUUGGCGUGCGCCCGUGCGUCAUCAUCCCGUACCUGCGGCAGGCGCGCGUGCUCAGCGACCUGGACGAGGACGAGAUCCUCACGUGCCACAAGUUAGACAACUUCAGCAUGAGAACCAGUCACAUGCUGGAUCUACUGCGUAUUCAGGGGUGUAACGGAGCUGUAGCUCUGCUGGAGGGUCUGAUGAUCCACUACCCCGCUCUCUACACAAAGGUCACCGGCCGCAAACCCAGCACCGAGCCCAGCCGCUUCAGUGGGCUGAUAAAGUACUCAGAGCUGACAGAGUAUUUGGUUCGGGCCGUGACGGGGAUGCAGAAGGAGCUGCAGGAGGAGCGACAGGAAGCGGCUCAGCUGCGCUUAAAGUGUGACGACCUGCAGUCAGAGCUGGGGAGAGUUAAACAGAAAGUGGAGGAGCAGAAAAACCUGCAAACUGAACAAACACGCCUGCGGAAGUCUCACGCAGACAUGCACAGAGACCUGUUGAAGCUGAAGGAUGAAAAGUGUGAUCUGUAUGUACGAUACGCUGCAGCAGUGGAGGAGAAAUCAGAUGUGAACAUUCGUUGCAGAGAUCUUACUCUACAGGUGUAUCAGCUGCAGUGUGAGUUGAGGAAGGCUCACACAGAGACAGCGUUUCAGAGACAUCGCUCGGUGAAGAGAAUGUCCUCCAUGGAGACACAGCUGCAUGACGAGAUCAUCACACUGCGCAGACAACUGCAACAAGCCGAGAACAUCACACCAGCUCAGCAAGACAUCCUGGCCCAGGAUUUGGAGGAAGCGAGGGAUCGGCGCUCUGAACUGGCUGAAGAACUGCGGGGACUCCAAGACGAGAACGAGGCUCUAAUGAGGGAGAGAACGAUCGGGGCGGGGACGAAUCUGUUAGAGGAGAAGGACUGUCUCUCUCUGCAGGUACAGAAGUUGACACUGGACUGUGAGAUGUAUCAGCAGAAACGCUCCGUGUUUCAGAACCAGUUAAGCGACCUUCAGGCCGAGCGAGAUCGGGCGUAUCUUUCCCGGGACGAGGCGCAGGCGCAGAUUGCGUGCAGUCUGGCGGAGAAGGACACGCUGAGAGCUCAGCUGGUGGAGCUCCAGGAGGAAAUCUUCACUCUCAGAGCACAGAAGACACAGAGAGGGUUGAGUCAGAGCAGCGUGAGCUCCCUCAGCCUCGACAGCGGUAGAGAGCUGAGCUGCGACAGUCCUCCGUCCAGCCCGAUGCGUCGCGCCCGGCUGUGCCGCAUGAACGCCCUGCCGCCCGGCUCCCCAAACGGCUUCGAGUACAAUAAACAGUACAGUGAUGACGGGUUCAACAGCAACAGGUCCAGUUUGGUGGCGCCUCCGUGUUCCGAAUCCCUGCGCAGGAGAGAAAUGGACCCGGAGGUCAGCGGUUACAGUCUGGAGGGCGAUGAAUCUUUCUGUCUGCUCAAUGUAGACAAUGACUUUGAGCUUCUUUGCAAAGACUUUUCAGGAAAGAGGGAAGCAUCACCAUCUCCUGACUCCCCAGAUACAACCAGUGUGUCUCGGGCGUCUGCUCCUCCGUUCCUUGUGCGUUCUCGUCCUCAGGCUAUGCGCAUCACCGGUCGAGCUCUGACUCUGUCCUUCCAGGGGGAGGCGCUGUUGAGCCAGCUGCAGGUCAUCGGGGGCAACAAGACGGGUGUCUUCAUCCAUAACGUCAUCCCGGGCACUGCGGCUCACAGCGUGGGCAUCAGCUCCGGGUCACAGAUCCUGGAGGUGAAGUUUCAGAAGGAGCAGCGAGCUCUCAGGAUGCAUCUGGAAGAUUCCACCAUGGAGGAGGCGCUGUGGGCGCUCGGGCAGGUCAACGGACCCUGCAGCCUCUCACUGAGACCUAAACAAGACGCCUAUCAGAAUCUUCUCCAGGAGCUGAAGAUUCGUGAGGUCACCUCAGGCGACUCCUUCUACGUCCGAGUGAACAUGUCACUGGAAGGGGAUGGAGCCGAGAUGCUGUCUGUCUCUUGUAACGACAUCCUGCACGUGACGGACAGUCACUAUGGCAGCAAAGGUUACUGGUGGGCGAGUCACGUCGAUAGCUGCCAGCUGAUGGACCUGAAAAGUGGCCGAGUGCCAAAUUUCUACAGAGCACAGAGUCAGUUAAUCAGAGCCAUCGAGGAUCUUUCCUUUCAACAGGCCCCCAGAAAGGUGGAGAAGGCACAGGUGAGACAGAGGGCUGUGCGAAUCGUCAGUACAGCACGUCAGGGCAGGAACCCGUUGUGGGUCAGUGUGGAAGAGGACAACACAAACUCAUCAAAAGAUGAGGGUAGGCACACCUCCAUGAGCCUGAUGCCCUACACCCUGGUGACUCCGCACUACCCCCCCGUGUGCCGUCCCGUCCUCCUUCUUCCCACAAUCCUUAGGGGCAUCCUGCACAAGCAGCUGGCUGAGCAGAAAGGCUACCAGCUGUGUGAGCCAGAGACUCUGAGUGACUCAGAACACACGGUGCGCAUGCAGAAGGGAGAGAUUCUGGAGGAGUGUGAACCAAACACACACCGCUGUUACACUGUGCAGGGAGUCGAGAAGAUCAUGAAGCGUGGCACUCACUGUGUUCUCCCACUUGGGUUGGACUGCGUACGGCGGCUGCAUCGCGCUGAGAUUUUCCCCAUCAUCAUCUUUAUCGCAUCUACAGAACGUACUGCUCGCAGUCUCAAAAAUAAACUUCGUCAGAACUACAUAACAGAGUCUCAGCUGCUGGAGUGUUCAAGGAACGAGGAGCCGCUGCUGGACAAGCUGCCCUGUCUGUACCGCACCGUACCUCCUGAGAGCUGGGGCAGCAGCACCACCAACCUGAUGCACAACCUGGUGCACAUCGUCCAGGAGGAGCAGCGCAAGAUCGUCUGGGUGGAGCCGGACCUCUGGUGACGCUCACCCGACACGACGGCGUGUCACUGAGACACACAACAGAAACACAACACAAACACUACACCCUUCAUCUGUAGGUCACAGGACCAGCCACCACUUUCCCUUCCAUGGUGUGUAAAUAUGUUGGAGAGGUUUUUAACUCUUUGGGGAACAAACAGGUGGUAAAACAAGUGGUAGAUUCCUGCUGAAUACGUCUCUGUCUGGAUGAGAAGAGAAACAGACACAGAUCUUUUAUGAUGUUACACAUCUGCUGUAUGGUGCAUGAGGAACUGAGCUUAUUUCUUUAUUAUUAUUAUUAUUAUUAUUAUUAUUAUUAUUAUUAUUACAAAUAUUUUAAUGUUAGUGAUAAUUGCUGCUGUUGGUUAAAAAAUGCUAUAAAAAUACAAAAGAAUUACUACAAGUGAAAUGGAAAAGUUCACUAAAGUUGAACAUCUUUUUUACUAUUUAGACUAUAAGUAACUAUAGAGUUUACUAUUUAAUAUUUUUAUACCUUUUUCUGUUUACUUUGAAGUUAUUCAGAUUAAUAUAAAGGAUAUGUUAGAGUGCAAUAACCCCGGGAAUGUGUGUGUGUGUGUGUGUGUGUGUGUGUGUGUGUGUGUGUGUGUGUGUGUGUGUGUGUGUGUGUGUGUGUGUGUGUGUGUGUGUGUGUAUAUAUAUAUAUAUAUAUAUAUAUAUAUAUAUAUAUAUAUAUAUAUAUAUAUAUAUAUAUAUAUAAAUACAAUAUAUGAACUAGGGUUUUCCCCUUCAUUAUCACACUUAAGCUUGCCCUAACCUUUAUCACAGCACACACUCCUCAUGCUGUUGGGUUUGUGCUAAUAGAUGGUUGUAUUUAAAAAGAAAUAAUUUCAACAAUUUGUCCCAGUCUGAAGUUUUUUCUAAAGCUGAUCAAAAACCAGAUUAAAAUGUUUACACUGUUAACAUCAUGUCUAAGUGAAACUCCGGACACAUCCGCUGUCUCUAGUGGUAUUUUUUUAAGUAAUUUAAUUUACUAAUUAAUAAAAUCAGAUUUGUUUUCAUUUAUCUAAAACUGAGAACCGAAACAUGUCAUUUUUGUCCUGCAGAUAUUUCUGUUUACCAAUAAAAUCUGGUCUGUUACAAA